AUGGAUAACCAACAGGAAGUGGCUACCGCAGAGGUGCUCACAAACAGGGACUCCGAGACUCUCGCAGAGGCGCUCGGAGACAAAAGCUCCCCGAUCUUCAAAGAGUUGCUCCUCGAAAAGGACAAUCGUCUCCUCCGAAUGAUGUUCGAGCUUGCAAAAGAAAUCAAAGACAGUUACAAGACGUUGGACGAUACUCUUGAGGAAAGUGUUCAGAACGCCAUUGCGGGUAGUGUUUCCAACUUGUUGAAGGCGCUCGAAGAAGUGAAAAGCGAAUUGGCGUUGAUGAGGGAUGGACUUGCCGGUGUCAACGAGAGUGUUGACAAGCUGGCGGCUCAGAUCGGAAAGUGUCCUUGCAUCCAGAAUGAACCAGCUAGUGCGAAGGCCGCUGAGAACACCGUGAAUUUGGAGGCUUAG